AUGUCGCAUCUCGAAUCCUACAAGCACAUAUCCCCCGAGUCUGGCCAACCUAUCACCUUGCAUCCUCUUUUCAAUGACAAAAUCAAGAACCACGUACCACCGGACCCGAUCAGAGAUGAGAUUACCCCCUCACCUGACAGGGCUGGCUUUGCAGAUCCGGAAAAGAGAGAUCUUCUCUCUGUUGCUAAAAGAUCUGAUCUGACCGAGUCGAUUGGAACUCUCCUCGAGGAUGUACAGCUCUCACAAUUGACUCCGACCCAGCUAGAUGAAUUGGCCUUGCUUGUAUCGGAGAGAGGUGUUGUCUUUUUCCGAGAUCAAGACCUCACAACUGAGAAGCAGGAGAAACUCUUUGAGCAUUACGGUGUCCUGGACAAGCACCCUGCGCAGAAAGACGUCAAGCAUAUCGUCAUCCGGGGAAGCACCAAGGACCACAGGGAGAUCUCCAAGUAUACCCCCUGGCGCUCAGAUGAAUGGCACGCGGAUACAUCGUUCGAGCUCAAUCCUCCGUCUUACUCCUUGCUCCGGAUGGAGGAACACCCCGAGGUAGGAGGAGACACGGCGUGGAUUUCAGGGUACGGACUAUACGACGCCCUUAGUGAACCCUAUAAGCGACUUUUGGAAGGGCUUCAUGCGGUGCAUACUUCAAGACUGCAAUACGAAACAAUCUUGGAUCUCUGGGAGGUGGGUCCCAACCGUCCGCCUAUUGAUACGCAUCAUCCCGCUGUUAGAACCCAUCCAGUGACUGGCCUCAAAUCAUUGAAUGUGAACUUGGGGUUUGUGUCAGGCUUCGCCGAGUUGAAGAAAGCCGAGUCAGACAAACUACUCGACUUUUUCAGCCACCACAUUCAUUCCGCGGAUGAUCAUCUUGUUCGAUGGAAAUGGACAGUAGGCGCAGUAGCAAUGUGGGACAACCGGUGUGUGAUCCACCGGGUUAUCCCAGGUUCUUACAAAAGUCCGCGGCGCGGGAUACGCACAACCGUUUUCAGCGAGAAGCCAUUUUAUGACCCGAAUAGUGAAGGGCGGGCAGACAGGGAGAAGAGAAUCGAAAACGAGAGAAAACAGACACAGCCGUCCUCUGAAGUCUAA